AUGUCUGAUUCCAGCCAAUACAGCCAAGGCAGCCAAAGCAGCGCCCCACAGCAGCAACUUCGCCGACUUGCCUCGCCCACUCAAGACCGCCCACCACAUGAGAUUGUGCGCCCUCGCUUGGAGGAGUCAGCAACACGCGAAGCAGUUCGAGCCGCAGACCAGUUGCAGCCAGACGAGCAGCCAGCGGAGCAGCCAGCCAACGAGCGAGCCAACGCGCCAGUCAACGAGCCAGCCAGGCAAGGUGACCAGCAAGCCAAUCAGCCGCCCAACGAGCCGACCGAAAGGAACGCCAGCGCCUCAACGAGCUUGCUGCAGCCGCCCGCGCAGCAGAAAGUGAACAACUGGCUCUGCAGUAUGAAACUCGUGCAGAUAACGUUCAGCAAGAAGAGCGGCUGGAAGAUGCCAGAGCGCCGUGCAAUUCAUUGA